UAUAAAGCCGAGGAGGACGGGGGAUGGAGAGACUGAUGGGGAGGGAGGGGGGAGUUCCAGUCGUGCUGGGCGCAUUUCAGCACGUGUGGAAAGGAGUGGUCUGGGGCCGGGAUAAUGAAACCUGGAAGACAGAAUGGGAGGGAAAUGGGGCUCAGAUUUCAACCUGACAGGGGGGCAAAAGGGGCCGGGCUGAUAUUUAGGAAUAAACGAAGAUUCAUUGAAGGCAACGGCCACAUAAAGCCAAAGCGUCUGGCCCCAAGCGGUCGGUGCUGAGUGUCUGCUGCAGGUCCGGGUCCUGCCGCUGGAUUCUCCCCCAUUGGUUCCUUGGGAAGUGUGAAUGUCCAAUGAUCCGGCUUUUGUAAAAGGGGACAAAAAGCACUAAACCCCGAGAGAAGCCUCUUCUGCUGCCCUCGCACCCUUCUUUCUCCCAUAAGGACCGUGCAUGUCUAAUAUUUAGACAUGAUUAGUUUUUUGGAUUCCAGGACUGUGCUGCUACUUGCAGCAACCCAACUUUGUUUAUUAGCCGUUGUGAGAUGUCAACUGGAUGGAAAGCAGGAUGAUGACUUUAGCUGUGUUCAAGAUGGACAGCGUUACAAUGACAAGGAUAUAUGGAAACCAGAGCCUUGUCGCAUCUGCGUGUGUGACUCUGGAUCCCUCCUGUGCGAUGAUAUUACCUGCGAGGAGCUAAAAGACUGCCCCAAACCGGAAAUCCCAUUCGGAGAGUGUUGCCCCAUCUGCCCCUCUGACGAGCCUACGCGCCCUGGAGUACCUGGAAUUAAGGGCCAGAAGGGUGAACCUGGUGACAUUACAGAUGUUGUAGGACCAAGAGGACCAUCUGGCCCAAUGGGCCCACCAGGAGAGCAAGGCCCCCGCGGACCAAGAGGAGACAAAGGAGAGAAGGGGAGUCCUGGUCCACGGGGCAGAGACGGCGAGCCUGGCACCCCUGGAAACCCUGGACCCCCUGGACCUCCAGGACCAAACGGACCCCCUGGCCUUGGUGGAAACUUCGCUGCUCAGAUGGCGGGCGGUUUUGAUGAGAAAGCUGGCUCUGCGCAAAUGGGUGUGAUGCAAGGACCAAUGGGCCCCAUGGGACCCAGAGGACCACCUGGCCCCACAGGAUCACCUGGCCCACAGGGUUUCCAAGGCAACCCAGGAGAACCAGGAGAGCCCGGACAAUCUGGCCCCAUGGGUCCCCGCGGCCCUCCUGGAGCUCCUGGAAAACCCGGUGAAGACGGUGAAGCUGGAAAACCUGGUAAAUCAGGAGAGCGUGGACCUUCUGGGCCACAGGGCGCUCGAGGAUUCCCAGGAACUCCAGGUUUGCCCGGCAUCAAAGGACACAGAGGUUAUCCAGGUCUUGAUGGUGCAAAGGGAGAGACUGGCUCUGUUGGUUCCAAGGGAGAGGCUGGUGCUCCUGGAGAGAGUGGUGCACCUGGACCAAUGGGACCGCGGGGUUUGCCUGGCGAGAGAGGCCGCCCUGGAUCCACUGGAGCUGCUGGCGCACGUGGAAAUGACGGCCUACCUGGCCCCGCCGGUCCUCCAGGCCCGGUUGGUCCAGCUGGAGCUCCAGGCUUCCCCGGUUCCCCCGGUUCCAAGGGAGAGGCGGGGCCAACUGGUGCCCGAGGACCUGAGGGAGCUCAAGGCCCCCGUGGAGAGUCCGGUACUCCCGGAUCACCUGGACCCUCCGGCGCUUCUGGGAACCCUGGAACUGAUGGCAUUCCUGGAGCUAAAGGAUCAGCUGGUGCUCCUGGUAUCGCCGGUGCUCCUGGUUUCCCUGGACCUCGAGGGCCUCCAGGGCCUCAGGGAGCAACUGGACCUCUAGGGCCCAAAGGAACAUCUGGAGAUCCAGGAAUUGCAGGUUUUAAGGGAGAAGCUGGACCUAAAGGGGAAAUUGGACCCCCAGGUCUUCAGGGAGCUCCUGGCCCCCAAGGAGAAGAGGGCAAGAGGGGACCCAGAGGUGAGCCUGGUGCUGCUGGACCACUGGGACCUCCAGGAGAAAGAGGAGCUCCUGGAAACAGAGGUUUCCCUGGUCAAGAUGGUCUCGCUGGACACAAGGGAGCCCCAGGUGAGCGCGGUCCCCCUGGCGCCAGUGGAGCCAAGGGGGCGACGGGUGACCCUGGCCGUCCUGGAGAGUCUGGGCUUCCUGGUGCCAGAGGCCUGACUGGUCGCCCCGGUGAUGCUGGACCACAAGGCAAAGUUGGACCAUCUGGAGCCCCAGGUGAGGACGGUCGUCCCGGACCCCCCGGUCCUCAAGGGGCCCGCGGGCAGCCAGGUGUCAUGGGAUUCCCCGGACCGAAGGGAGCGACUGGUGAACCUGGAAAGUCUGGAGAGAAAGGACUUCUUGGAGCUCCUGGUCUGAGAGGUCUGCCUGGAAAAGAUGGAGAAACGGGAUCUGCUGGACCACCUGGCCCGGCUGGUCCUGCUGGGGAAAGAGGAGAGCAAGGACAGCCCGGUCCGUCGGGCUUCCAGGGACUUCCUGGACCCCCGGGCCCUCCUGGAGAGGGAGGCAAGCCUGGAGACCAGGGUGUUCCUGGAGAGGGCGGAGCUGCUGGUGCCACUGGACCCCGAGGAGAGCGUGGUUUCCCUGGAGAAAGAGGUCCUGCUGGUCCUCAAGGUCUGCAGGGACCCAGAGGUCUACCUGGAACUCCUGGAACUGAUGGGCCCAAGGGAGCAAUUGGCCCCGCUGGUUCUCGCGGAGCUCAAGGACCCCAGGGCCUGCAGGGAAUGCCUGGAGAAAGAGGAGGCGCUGGUAUUCCUGGACCCAAAGGAGACAGAGGAGAUGUUGGAGAGAAAGGACCUGAAGGUGCUGCCGGCAAAGAUGGUGCCCGAGGUCUUACUGGUCCCAUCGGUCCUCCUGGUCCUGGGGGUCCAAAUGGAGAAAAGGGUGAAUCUGGACCUGCUGGUCCUUCUGGAGCUCCUGGUACUCGCGGUGCUCCUGGUGACAGAGGAGAGACCGGACCUCCUGGACCGGCUGGUUUCGCUGGACCGCCUGGUUCUGAUGGUCAGCCUGGAACCAAGGGAGAGCAGGGAGAGCCAGGGCAGAAGGGAGAGGCUGGUGCACCUGGACCCCAAGGACCCUCUGGUGCUCCAGGACCUGCAGGGCCUACUGGUGUUUCUGGACCUAAAGGCGCUCGGGGUGCUCAGGGACCCUCUGGAGCCACUGGUUUCCCUGGAGCGGCCGGGCGAGUAGGACCUCCUGGUCCAAAUGGCAAUCCUGGACCUGCUGGUCCUGCUGGCCCUCCUGGUAAAGAUGGACCCAAAGGUGUGAGAGGAGACCCCGGACCUUCAGGCAGGCAAGGCGAUGCUGGACUCCGGGGUCCUGCUGGGGCUCCCGGAGAGAAAGGAGACGCCGGGGAGGAUGGUCCUCCAGGCCCUUCAGGUCCCUCGGGGCCUCAAGGACUGGCUGGUCAGCGCGGUAUUGUUGGUCUGCCGGGACAGCGAGGAGAGAGAGGUUUCCCUGGUUUACCUGGACCUUCUGGUGAGCCUGGAAAGCAGGGAGCUCCUGGUGGUCCUGGAGACCGUGGACCCCCUGGACCUGUUGGACCACCUGGACUUACUGGGCCUGCAGGAGAACCUGGUAGAGAGGGCAAUCCCGGAUCUGAUGGACCUCCUGGCAGAGAUGGAUCUGCUGGAAUCAAGGGUGAUCGUGGAAACACUGGCCCUGCAGGUGCCUCUGGCGCCCCAGGGGCUCCGGGGGCUCCAGGCCCUGUGGGUCCCACUGGUAAACAGGGAGACAGAGGAGAGCCAGGUCCACAAGGACCUGCCGGACCUGCAGGACCCGCCGGAGCUAGAGGAAUGCCGGGACCACAAGGACCUCGCGGUGACAAGGGUGAGGCUGGAGAAGGCGGUGAGAGGGGACAAAAGGGACACCGAGGUUUCACUGGUCUGCAGGGUCUCCCAGGACCACCAGGUCAAGCUGGAGACCAGGGAGCAACUGGACCUGCUGGGCCUGCUGGACAAAGAGGGCCGCCUGGACCUGUAGGCCCAGCUGGCAGGGAUGGUGCAAAUGGUCUAGCGGGACCCAUUGGACCUCCUGGACCUCGAGGUCGCAGUGGAGACACCGGUCCAGCUGGUCCUCCUGGAAACCCAGGACCCCCCGGUCCUCCAGGUCCCCCAGGCCCCGGCAUCGACAUGUCUGCGUUUGCUGGUCUGGGUCAGCCUGAGAAGUCUCCCGAUCCCCUCCGGUACAUGAGGGCCGACCAAGCUGCUGCUGGAAACCUCCGUCAGCACGAUGCAGAGGUUGACGCUACAAUCAAAUCUCUUAACAACCAGAUUGAGAACAUCCGCAGCCCAGAGGGGUCCAAGAAGAACCCUGCCCGCACCUGCAGAGAUCUGAAGCUCUGUCAUCCUGACUGGAAGAGCGGUGAUUACUGGAUUGAUCCAAACCAGGGAUGCACGGUGGAUGCAAUCAAGGUCUUCUGCAACAUGGAGACAGGCGAGUCCUGUGUCUACCCGAACCCUUCCAGCAUUCCUCGCAAGAACUGGUGGUCAAGCAAGAGCAGAAGCAAACACGUCUGGUUUGGAGAGACGAUGAAUGGAGGAUUCCACUUCAAUUAUGGCGAUGAGAGCUUGGCACCCAACACCGCUUCCAUUCAAAUGAACUUCCUGAGGCUGCUGUCCACCGAGGCGUCUCAGAACCUCACGUACCACUGUAAGAACAGCGUGGCCUACAUGGACGCCUCAACGGGCAACCUAAAGAAGGCCGUGCUGCUGCAGGGCUCCAACGACGUGGAGAUCAGAGCUGAGGGCAACAGCCGCUUUACCUACAGCGUCAUGGAAGACGGCUGCACGGGACACACAGGAAAAUGGGGCAAGACAGUGAUGGAAUACAGGUCGCAGAAGACCUCACGCUUGCCCAUUGUGGACAUUGCCCCCAUGGAUAUCGGUGGAGCGGACCAGGAGUUUGGCGUCGACGUGGGACCGGUCUGCUUCUUGUAAAGCACGAAGAAUCCAAAAGUUUGAGAAAGAACAGGUGGGAAUUUGAAAAAGAAAACACAAAAUGAACGAGAAGCACGCUUCUGAAAAACAAGGAGAGAAAGAGCAAAAAAAGAAAAGAAAAAAAUCAAGACACUUUUUUUUUUUUUUAAAUGGGACUCUUUUCAAAGUAAAAAAGAAAAAAGUGCUUUUCCAAGUUGAACUCCAUACGAUAUCUGCACUGAGUGGCACCAGUAACUGUCAUUUGCGUUUCAUCCAGCAUUGCCUCCAGUCAGCUCUCCCCUCCUUCCUUUCCUUAAAAAUUCUUUCUUUGUAAAACACCCCCCCUCCUCCCCCCCACCACCCAUUUCUACAAGGAUGAGGGUACAGGAAAAUGCCAGGGAACAGGAGAACAAUGUGUGGGUGUUAUUUAUUUAUUGUUUUGGUUCGGCUCAAGGUGUUGUAGGACUAGGUGAGUAAAAAGUGGGUUUACACAUAUUUAAAGUUAAAAAUAUAUAUAUAGAACUUUAGUCCCUUCCUCUCCUAGUUUCUCCUACCCAUCCAAAAAAAAAAAAAACAACAUAUCUGUUUGAAACCAAAAGUCUAGCUACACAACAGAGAGAGAGAGUACAGGAGCUCCUGUUUCUGCUGCCACCGUGUGUAUCAAAAAUUGCUGUGUAUUAUAAUAAAGUCAAUGGUGCUAUUGUUGUAAAA